CCGGUGGAUGACAACCUCUUCGAGUGGGAAGCUGCAAUUAAGGGGCCAAAAUAUAGCCUUUAUGGUGCAGGAACAUUCCAUGUCAAAUUCAAAACCAAGAUUUUUCACCCCAAUGUUUCUGACAAAGGAGAUGUGUAUCUCUACAUGUUGGACAAUGGAUGGGCUCCUGGUUUCACAAUUCCUGAUGUUUAUCCUAAUGACGCUCUGGGAAUGCUCCUUACCCCAAGAUUGGACCUUUCUGAUAAGGUGAAUGAGGAUACUCUGGAGUAUGUCUCUAACAGGGAGAAGUUCAAUAGAAAAGCCGCUGAGUGGACGAUAUUAUAUGCUAGGAAAUAAGGAGUUCGUUUGUUUUAUGACCUCAAUGCUAUCUAUGUUGUAAUAAAUUUUCAAACAUCAUAGAGAUGUUUGAAAAAUUUCUAAACUGCAUCGUACUUUACUUUUUUUUUUAAUUAUGAAUAAAUCAAUUCUGUUGGUGCACUAUUAAUGCGAAUGGUGCUUCUAAAUUGUUACUUGUAAUGCUGA